UUAAUAUUAAUAAACCAAUCCUUCACCGUAGUAGGAAUAAACUCAGCACAGACAGUGGAGGGUGUUGAAGAGCCAAUGAUCUAAAAGCAACACAACGAUUGGUCGUAUCUGCGCACGGCGGAGGAGCUUGCGAAAUUAAGGGGACUGCAAGUGUCCAACACUUACAAUGAAACCCUGCUUGCUCAAGAAGGAGACUGGCGCACGACACACAAUGUCCCAAUCCAUUUGGAAGUAACUCACGCGACAGCCUAUAGCCUGCUAUCUUCAUAAUCUAAAAUAUCGUCUUGCUAUUUAAAGUCGUUUCGGAGUUUUCAUCUGGAGGUUCCUGCUGUUGAGAAUAGUUUUGAACGCUCGCGUCAUGGAGUACACCUCUUCCCCAAAACCUCAGCUCUCUUCCAGAGCGAACGCUUUCUCCAUAGCCGCACUCAUGUCAAGUGGGAAAACCAAGGACAAGGAGUCCGAGGAAAACACCAUAAAGCCGCUGGAACAAUUCGUGGAAAAGUCGUCAUGCCAUCCAAACCUCGGCGACCUUCCUCCGCUGGAGACCCACAGCGACUUCAGCAGCGGCGGCGGCACCGGCAGCGGCGCUCCAUUAUGCACGGAGCCGCUCAUCCCGACGACUCCCGGUGUGCCGAGCGAGGAGAUGGCCAAGAUUUCCUGCAGCCUCGAGACCAAAGAGCUGUGGGACAAGUUUCACGAACUCGGCACUGAAAUGAUUAUUACAAAGUCUGGAAGACGAAUGUUUCCGACAAUUCGUGUGUCAUUUUCCGGAGUGGACCCAGACGCCAAAUACAUUGUGCUAAUGGACAUAGUUCCGGUGGACAAUAAGAGAUAUCGAUACGCCUACCAUAGAUCUUCAUGGCUGGUGGCGGGAAAGGCAGAUCCACCUUUACCUGCUAGGUUAUAUGUUCAUCCAGAUUCGCCAUUCACAGGAGAACAGCUGUUGAAACAAAUGGUUUCUUUCGAAAAAGUGAAGCUUACAAAUAACGAACUGGACCAGCACGGACAUAUCAUCCUCAACUCCAUGCACAAGUACCAACCCCGAGUUCAUAUCAUCAAGAAGAAAGAUCACACCGCGUCUCUGCUAAAUCUGAAGUCUGAAGAGUUUCGCACUUUUGUCUUCACCGAGACGGUUUUCACUGCAGUAACUGCUUACCAGAACCAGCUGAUAACCAGACUCAAGAUUGACAGCAACCCGUUUGCCAAAGGCUUCAGAGACUCCUCCAGACUCACGGAUAUUGAGAGUAGGGAAAGUGUUGAGAGUUUGAUCCACAAGCACUCUUACGCCCGGUCACCCAUCCGGACUUAUGCUGGAGAUGAAGAGACUCUGGGAGAAGAAGGACAUUCAGCACACAGUAGAGGUUCAGCGUUCACUGCAUCUGACAACCUCUCCCUCAGCUCUUGGGUGACCACCACAUCUGGUUUCUCUGGCUUUCAGCACCCUCAGUCUCUGUCUGCCAUCGGCACCAGCACGGCGUCCCUGGCCAGUCCUCUCCCGCACCCCAUCCAGGGCUCCCUCCCCCCCUACAGUCGUCUGGGAAUGCCCCUUACUCCAUCCGCCCUCGCCAGCUCCAUGCAGGCCACCGGACCCACCUUCCCCUCCUUCCACAUGCCGCGCUACCACCACUACUUCCAGCAAGGGCCCUACGCCGCCAUCCAGGGACUGCGGCACUCUUCAACAGUCAUGACCCCGUUUGUAUGAUUCCUGACACUGCAGAGUGAUACCAUUUACCUUUCGCUGGCAUGCGAAUUCACACACGCAAAAAAAACACACGCUUACGAAAUGUAAAUAACAGUACCGGACGACCUGGACGUGCUGCGUCGCGCAGUUGUGCUGGAGAAUAGAAAAAGGUGAAGGGACUUCGAGCAUGAGUUUUAGCGAUGAUAAGAGAACUGCAGAUGUUUUUGUGCUACCUUUAAAGAUUCAUCUCACAGCAAAUGAUGGAGAUCGCUGAACGCAACACUGGACAACUGCAGAUUUUUAUUUUCCAUGAUGCAUCACGUCUAAAGGGGACAGUUCACCUCAAAAAUGAAAACCUAUCCAAUUAGGUCAUUUCUUUCUUCUGUAGAACAAAAAAGAGGCCUUUUCGGUGGUUAACAAAAUCAGUCCAUGGCUACAGGCACUUUGAGAAUUCAAAAAAUACAGUGAGUAAAAACAAAAUGAAUACCUAUAGUACCUGACAACACACUGAGGUCUUAUCAAAUGCACAGCCUACUUCUUUUUGUCAUGUGCAUGUACAUGGGUGUUUGACAUAUACAGAUUGUGACAACAUAAAAUACCACUAUUGACUUGCAGGCAUUUGUUCAUGUGCAUAAUCUUGCCAACGAAUAAGCGUCUUUAUUCUUUUAAGCAUAGGUCUCAAACUCAAUUCCUGGAGUGCCGCAGCUCUGCACAGUUUUGCUCCAACCCUAUUUAAACAUAGCUGAUUAGAUUAGAUGGAUCAGCUGUAUUUAGGGUUGGAGCAAAACUGUGCAGAGCUGCAGCCCUCCAGAAAUUGAGCUUGAGACUUAUGAUUUAAAGCAAACGUUUUAAAGUGACGGUAUUUUCCAAACUCUUCACACAAUCUCUUGUCUAUGUAUGUGGCAUCCAUUGCUGAAGUUCCAAUAUAAUAAUCGUGAACCAUUACAGGAAACAUGCGGCAAAUUUUGAAUGUCAAAAAACAUGAUUUUCCAACUCCAGUUGUCACUUCACAUUAUAUUCACAUUUAUUAUUUGGCCAUACAUCUAUCACCUUCUAGUAGCUACAUAAAGAAAAACAGGAGUGUAAAACUGGGCCAUAGAUCUGCCUGGUUUUAGAUUUGUAGGGAUGGCCUACUUGAAACUGACGUGUCGACACAUUGUCGCGAUAUUGAAGCGGAAGUGUUUCAAAACACUGCACCGAAGCAUGGUCACAUGACUGAGGUGAUUCAAAACACCCAGAUCACGUGACUAAAGUGUUUUGAAACACUAGGUCACAUGACUAAAGUGUUUUGAAACACCAGGUUACGUGACAAAAGUGUAUUGAAACACCAGGUCACGUGAAUAAAGUGUUUUGAAACACCAGGUCAUGUGACAAAGGUGAUUCUAAACUCCUAUGUCAUGUGACUAGUGUUUCGAAACACCAGGUCACAUGACUAAAGUGUUUUGAAACACCAGGUCAUGUGACUAAGGUGAUUCUAAACACCUAUGUAACGUGACUAAAGUGUUUCGACACACCAGGCUAUGUGACUAAAGCGAUUCAAAGCAUCAGUCAUUUCAGAAGUGUUUUGAAACCUGGCAAAUCUGCGUUUAAUUGACAGGGUCGGACCAAUCAUUUCAUGUAGCAUAGUAAAUAGUGCGUUUGCACAUAGUACCUGUGCUUCAAAAGUCCUGAGUUCGAAUAUCGCAAAUACUCUGAAAUAAUGACUUUGUGUGUUUUAAUAAUGUUAAUUUUUUGACUAUUUUCAUUUGUAUAUCAGACCAAUGUUAAAGCAAACGCAUUACAAGAACAGAGCAUUUAAAAACAAAAGUCUAUAUAGCUGCUGCACCCUGGAUUCAAAUUAUCUCUGCAUGCUAGUCUGGAACUCUCACCGCUCCACUAAAUCCCUUGAAACAUCAAUGCUGAGGUACAAUUCCUCAGUUUCUUUGCUGAAGCUGUUUUAGAGCAAUACAUAAAUAUGAUUACUAGGUGUCACUGUAGAGAUGGGUUUCGAAACGUUUUGAAGCUUCAACACAUUUGCUUCGACUGUUUCAGUGUCUCAUGAAGCCUCACUUCACUACAGGUCUAUAGACGCUCCCUAUAGCAGGGUCACCAAUCUCGUUCCUGGAGGUCCGGUGCCCUGCAGGGUUUAGCUCCAACUUGGCUUGUUUGAUUGGGGUUGGAGCUAAAAUCUGCAGGACACUGGACCUCCAGGAACAGGUUUGGUGUUCCCUGCCCAAUAGCAAAGGAAACAGUAGCUAGCCACCUAGUGGAACAAUUUAUUACUGCGAAAAUCUAAAUGCGGAUUUGCAUACACAUUGUUACAUUGUUUUAGCAGUGUGCGUACAACGCAUGUACUAUUCUAAUACAAAAGUAGGUCACACACAUUGACCUUCUCGUAAGCAUAAAAAGUACUCUUAAAGUUUAACAAUAAAUAUGUGGACACAAAUUCACAAACAAAUUUAGUUUGUUUAUAAUGAAAUCAGAGGAUGCGCAUAAAAAAUGUUCAUAAAAAUGCUUCUUGCCCUUAUCCUGUAUGCUGCAGCCUAUAUAAAAAGCUAUAGCCCUUAGCUUACAUGUAAGAGGCUGUUCACAUAAUGCAUCCAAAACCAUGUCGAAAAUGUAAGGUGUGCUAUUUCCGUCACCGAUUUCAACGUGCUUUUAAACUCAUGCUCCAGUCAUUGCUAAGCAAUCAUCAGCUGCACACUCCAAGCGAGCACCACUGACAAACCUUGCAGCAGCUAUGAUACAAGUUUUAUUUAUGCAGAAAAUUAAAAACCACUCCAGUGUUUGCAUGUUCUUCGUUAAGUUAAUUUGGCUAAUUUAGUUAAAUGUUCUACAGUUAUUACUGAAAUCUGUACAAUCCAUACAAUGCUGGAAGCUGAUUGGUUGGUUCUAGUCACACGACGAGCAGUGCGCUUAGAGAAAUGUUUGAAUAUUUGAGAUAUUUUCACAAUCACAUCGCUCCCUAUUUGUGCACACAUGACAUGUUUCACCAAUAAAAAAUAAAGCACCAAUGUGUAAACGACACCUAGGUUUACGCAUGUGUAUAUUUAACUUUAAAUAGGGAUUGUUUUUUGCACAUGAUGAUCAUUUCACUUCAGAAGACCUCAAUGUAUUGUCUAGAGCCUAGGGUAUUAAUUUUAUUUUGUCUGUAUGUGUGGGGUUUUAUUUUGGCCUCUCAAAGUGCAAGUAGUCAUUGAAUUGCAUUUUAUGUCAUAACCAAGGAUCACUGUUUCAGCCAAAAAAAAAAAAAACUUUCUGAUUUAAAAAAAAGAAAAAUUAUAAUAAUAAAUAAUUCACCUACAUUUUGGACCUUGAAAUCAAGAAACAGCAACAUUUCUUUUGUGGGUGAACUGCCCCUUUAAGGAUAUCCUUUCAUUCCCUAUCUGUGGAGCUGCCAACCACUCGAACUGUCGACACUAGAGGGCGCUGUGCUUUCUGAAAACUGCAAUACUGGAUGGGAACACAUUUGUGGACUGAAAAAUGUUGACUUUUAUCAUUUGUGUUUGAUAUUUAAGUUAACUGUGUUCUUGAUGAAAAACAAUGAACAUAAAUUUAUCAAAACAAGCGUAAAUAGCAGCUGAUAUAAACCAGCGGACACUGAAGCAUUUGUGUACAUCACAACCAAGAAAUCCACCGAUUUGUGUUUGUCACGUUUUUCCAUUUCUUUCUCAAGGCUCCCAGCAAGCAUUUUUAGUUUCUAAAAUAAGUCUAAUAGAUGUCUAAUAGAUGUCUAAACAUAGGUGGCUUUGUUAAAACACGGCUAAAUUUGAGCUGUCAGUGAACAUCUAAUACACAUCAAAGAAAAGCCCAAAACUAGACUAAUCAUCAAACACAAAAAAAAUGAUCGACUAGAGAUGUGAAGUCUGUCUAAUCUGUAUUUGAUGACUAGUCUAGUUUUGGUCUAUGCUUAGAUGUCUAUUAGAUUUUCGCUGACAGCCCAAAUUUAGUCUUGCUUUAGCCAAGCCAAUCUACGUUUAAAUGCCAGUUAGAGGUCUUAACAGAAAAUUGCUCGGUGGGCUGUUUUGUAGAAGUCUACACCUGUAAAUAAUGGGUUACAUUUAAAAUAAUCGGCUCAUCUUCCCCAGAGGAAUGAGGAAAGUUGUCUGAUUUGUGGCUGAAAGUAUUUCUAUUUGUACAGUCACAUCGGCAACAGUUCAUCGACAUCCUGCAACCAAAUCACAGAGAAAGAGAGCUAUAGCUGUAAUAAAUGGAUGAAGAGGAAAUCAGGACGAACAAACAGAAAUACACAACUAUUUAAACAGAGCCAGUCAAUGCAAAUAACCAGUCUUUGUGCAUUUUGGGAUGUUUUGUUCAGAUUCAGUGUGAUAAUCCACCAUUUCAAGCCAAUGAUUUGUUAUGAAAAGACUGUACAAACGGUUUAUGUAGUUGCAAUAUAUUAGCAGAUGUUAUCUUUUAUUUUUGUUUGUUUGUUUGUGUGUAUUUCUGAGUCAGAUGUGUCCUACUCAUAAGGAGAUAUCUGAUAGUUUUUGUUUCGAUGCCUUUUUUUUAAGUGCAAUAUAUUUAUUUCAGCUAUGAAAAAGAUAUGGCUAAUGUAAUAUUUGAAGCAAUGAUAGAUGUUAUUUGUAAACAAAAAGAAAUAUAUAUCACUGCAAAAUAA